AUCGUCACGUCGGCUGCUGACACGGCGGCUGUCGUGAACCCCAACCCGCCAUCAUGUCAAUUCGAAUGCGGCGGCAGCUCUCGCCGACUGCACAACUCCUCCGAUCCUCGCGACUCUUCGCCGUCCCCAAUGCACUCCCUACACCGAGCAUGGACAUCGCUGUCUCCGGCACGCUGAAGUCCUCCAAAACGGCCACAAUCCCAUACCCUACCCGUCAAGCCAUCGCCACUCCCGCAUCAUCGCUAGGUCGAGGUGAUUGGGGGCUGAAAAGGCCCCUUCCACUCAAAUCGACAACACGAACCUCCCGGCCCGUCCUACGCCUUCUGAGCAACGACACCAUCGAGCACAUAACCGACUUCGACUCCGCGCAAGAUCAUGUUCAAACGCUGCAAAAAUGGACGGAGAUGGGCAUAGCGCUGUCUUACGGCGGAAAGAGAGAGAGGGAUCCGUCGAAAAUGACCAAUGGACAGAAGGGCGCCUUUGAGCGAUCAAUCGACUCCACAGACCCUGACGAUGAACACAUGGUGAAGAGAUGGAAGUACAAAGGCCCUUGGCUCGCCUCCCUGGAUGCCAAAAAGUUCCAAAAGUACAUUACGCACAAGCUCUCAAAGCGCAAAGACGAGUUCCGCGCCCACCUGGCCGAAUACAUCCGCCUCAAAGUCGUCAAAGCCCGGCGCGAUGAAGCGCAGCGCCACGGCCGGGACAUUUCCCUCAUCUCCGACGAGGUCUCCGCCGACGACCUGAAAGUGCACUACCGCCUCUUCCGGCAAGAGCUCCAAGAGGUCACCAUCACGUCUGAGCUAGUGCAGCAAAUCGUCAUUCCGUUCCUCGAUCUGCCCCCGGUCCAGGUUGAGCCAUACAGCCAGUCCUUAGGGCCCUCCAUGGACCAGUUCACCGUCAGCCACGACACCACGCCGCUGACCACCCACCCCUCCGCCGGCCUGUCCUACCUCCGCUCGAAUACCUACAUGUACAACCACCCCCUGCUCGGCCCGCAGCAGUACAAGCAGCCCACACCAGCGCGCGUGCUCAUCCCCGCUAGGACGAGUACCGGUGGCCGCGGCCGCGCGAUCCUAGGUGUGGCGGGUAUUGCCGCCGACGACUCGGAGAGCGACUCGGUUAAGGGAGGUGGCAGCUUCAGUGCGAACAGCGGUGUCGCGUUCCUGGAUACGGAGACGGAGGGCGGGAAGAAGAUCUGGGUGAGUUCGAGUGGCGCAAAUAUCACUCCGGAUGCGCGGAUUAUGCUUCAUCUUGCAAGGGCGCCGAGGGAGGCUGUAGAGGUGGGGCUAGGGCGGCUUGAGGAGGCGCCGCCGCCGGGUGUUAAGAAGGCGCCGGUUGUGAUGCCGUUUGGAGGCGCGAGGCUGGAUGAGCCGUUGGCAUAGGUUGGAAGCUUGGAAGGAAUGCUGUGGAAAGAUGUAUAUUUGCAUGUAGCAUACGCAUUUGAUGGGCUGUACAAUAUCAAAGGAUUUCUUCGGCAAUUUCAUGAUCUCAAGGGGUGUGUUAGGAGGCACUAAAUGUAAAGCGAAAGCCGGCUGAAAGAUAGUCUGAUAUGCUCAGCCUGGUUUGAUACUCAAAUUGUAAGUCGGCAUUUUAUGUUCAUAUUGGAGCAGCUUGUAGCUGACUAUAGGAGCCAAUUAGAGCCGUCUCCAAUACCUAUGAUUUCGACAAAGGCUAUGGCAAUCUCUCCACACUCUAAAAUUAACGUAUGCUAG